UUCUAUGGGUUUCCUCCAGGUUCUCCGGGUUUCCUCCCACCUACCAAAAACAUGCAGGUAGAUGCUAAAAGUAUGUGAAUGUGUGUGGUGCACUGGCAUCCCAUCCAGGGUGUAUUCCAGCCUCAUGCACAGUGUUCCAGAGAUCUGGAUCACAGAGUACCCCAUGCUGCAGAACCAAAAGUCCAGGGGGUGGAGUCAGACCUGAUCCUGCUAUCUGACUAUUCCUGUGAAUGAACACAAAUCCUCACAGCCACACUGAGGAGAGGACCAGAGAAGAGAGGAGAGGAGGGGAAAGGGCAGGACAGGGAAGGAGAGGGCGGGAGAAGAGAAGAGAGGGCAGGACAGGAGAAGAGAGGAGAGGGCAGGAUAGGAGAGGACAGGAUGGAGAGGAGAGGGCAGGACAGGGGAGGAAAGGACAGAAGAGGACAGGAUGGAAAUCGAGAGGGCAGGACAGGGCAGGAGAGGAGAGGACAGGAUGGAGAGGAGAGGGCAGGACGGGAGGAAAGGACAGAAGAGGACAGGAUGGAGAGGAGAGGGCAGGACAGGAGAGGAGAGGAUUGAAGAGGACAGGAUGGAGAGGAGAGGGCAGGAGAGGAGAGGACAGAAGAGGACAGGAUGGAGAGGAGAGGGCAGGAGAGGAGAGGACAGAAGAGGACAGGAUGGAGAGGAGAGGGCAGGACAGGGGAGGAAAGGACAGAAGAGGAGAGGGCAGGAGAGGAGAGGACAGGAUGGAGAGAAGAGGGCAGGACAGGGGAGGAAAGGACAGAAGAGGACAGGAUGGAGAGGAGAGGGCAGGAGAGGAGAGGACAGAAGAGGACAGGAUGGAGAGGAGAGGGCAGGACAGGAGAGGAGAGGACAGGAGAGGACAGGAUGGAGAGAAGAGGGCAGGACAGGAGAGGAAAGGACAGGAGAAGAGAGGAGAGGGCAGGACAGGGGAGGAAAGGACAGAAUAG